UUUGAUUGAUUAACUUUGUAAUUUUAUGUUGAAUAUCAUCAUUAUAUAUGCUAAUUAGUAAUUACAUUUCCUUGUCUUUUUGUCUUAGAAGGACUAAAAGGGUCUUUUUUAAGAUUAAUCUUUGGCAUUCAUGGCUGGAUAUUGUGUUGAUCGACAUUAUCGGAGAUGUCGCAACAUUAGUUGCAUUUCUCGCUUGAUUUUUCUAAUAAUUUUCCUAGUUAACGAGUAAAGGUACUUGAAUUGAACCAUACUUGUACUGUUGGUUAUUACCGAUCAAACUUAUAUACAAGUUGAUGCAGAUAUACAUUCUUGGAUAUUAAUCCGAAACAGCAAUUCAUUUGAGUAGAAUAUUUUUUGUUUUUUUUUUAAAGGGAGUAGAAUAUUAUUUGGUUUGUGUAGUUUUUGAUCCGCAGAAUAUAAUCUUUGAGAUGGCAAAUGCAUUAUUCUCGUUCACACCAUUUGAUUUCGAUAUCCGAGGCGGUUUGAGUCCCCCCCAGCUUGAAGAUUAUGACAACGAAGAAACAGUAAUGUUCAAUGUUGGCAAGGGAGAGCAUUUGUUUGGACUAGAAGAUCAGUUGGGAGGAAUGAAUACUCCUCCUUCUGAACAUGGUUUCUACCAAGACAACAACGCCAAGACAGGAGUAGUAGUAUGCCAUUUGUCCAAAGAUCAAAACCAACACCGUGAUCUUGAACACCAACAGCAGCAACUGCAAUCCAAGACAGACUUUUUGAUUCUGGAUGACUUCAACUUCGAGACUGUUUCUUCUCAACAUGGUUUUUAUCAUGCCAAUAAGGUGGGGAAGGAUCACCAACACCACCAUUACCAACAACAGCAACAACAAUCCAAGUCAAGUUUUUCAAUUUUGGAGAAUUUUAAUAACUUUGAUUUUUACUUCCCCUCGGGACAAGUUACAGAACCAGUUGAGGAUGGUGCUCGGUUUACACACAGUCAGAUUAGAGGCUCAGACAUUUUCGAAACGAACAAGCAAUUGCCUCCUCCUCAAUCUUCUCUAGGAACACUGGAGCUCCUUAACAGUUACGGAAGCGCCUUCAAGAAGUUGAAGGGAGAAAGACAAAGCAGUAGCAGGGCAGUUAAGGGUAAUGAAAUUGAUCAAAACAGCAGGUACGUUGUUAAUGGUAAUCAGAAACUGUCCACCGAAGAGGUCAUGAGGGUUGCUGGAGCAAGGUAUGUGCAAUUCUCUAGUCAGGGGUAUGAAAAUUUGUACAUGUCUAUGCACCCUUUUGGCUAUGCGCUUUCAGGUCUCUGCGAAGAAGAAACGAAAGAUGUAGAACUUGUUCACUUACUGUUAGCUGCAGCAGAGAAAGUAGGGUACCAACAAUUUGAAAGAGCAAGCAGAUUGCUUCUGCAGUGUGAAUGGAUUCCAUCCUUCAAAGGUACUCCUGUUCAGAAAGUUGUGUGCUACUUCGCAGAGGCACUUCGUGAGAGGAUCGAAAAAGAAACAGGACAGUAUACAUCUAAGGGAAAUGAAGAAUUGUCUCAGUAUGCACAUGGUUUGGGGACAAACCUUGCAUACAUCGCAUGCCACCAAGAAGUCCCUUUCCAUCCAGUACUGCAGUUCGCGGCAAUCCAAGCCAUGAUCGAAAAUGUUGCAAAUGAGAGUAGGAUCCAUUUGAUUGAUCUGGAAAUCAGGAGUGGUGUGCAAUGGACAGGGUGGAUGGAAGCAAUUGCAGAACGAGAGGAAUGCCCGGUUAAGCUUCUUACUAUUACUGCUGUGGGAGUUAGAGGCAAACAGAAUAUAAAGGAGACAGGGGAGAGGUUGGCAAGUGUUGCAAUGUCCUUGAACCUACCCUUUAAAUUUAAGGAAGUUAUUGUAUCAGACAUGCAAGACAUUAAUAACCAGUUAUUCGAAGACAUUGAAGAUGAUGAAGCUGUGAUUGUGUAUGCGCCAUUAAUACUGAGGACAAUGAUAGCAAGGCCUAGGUGCUUGGAGAACUUGAUGAGGGUGAUGAGAAAUAUCAACCCUUCUUUGAUGGUGGUCAUUGAAGUGGAAGCUAACCAUAACUCCCCAUCAUUUGUGCACCGUUUCAUUGAUACAUUGUUUUUUUAUAGUGCAUUUUUCGACUGCCUUGAAACCUGUAUGAAACAGGAGAAGUACAGGGUGAUCAUGGAAGGCUGGUUGCGUGAGGGAAUCCGGAACAUAGUGGCGGCGGAAGGGAGUGAAAGGGUUGCUCGAAGUGUGAAGAUGGAUGUGUGGAGGGCCUUCUUUGCAAGGUUUAGCAUGGUGGAAAUGAGCUUUAGUAACUCAUCAUUUUAUCUAGCUAGUCUAGUGGCUAAAAAGUUCUGUUGCACCACACUUGAUAGGAAUGGAAAAUGUCUCACUGUUGGGUGGAAGGGAACCCCAAUUCAUUCUCUUUCCGCUUGGAAGUUCCGUCUUGAAAAAAUGUAGCAUAGGCUUGUUCUAAAUACUGAAAGCAGAAAACUUUUUUAUCCUUAUGACAUGUAAAUAACAAGUUUUCUGCGUUAUUGUUGUAUGUAUACCCAAAACAACCGUGUUAAGAUUGAAGGUUCAAUUAUUUCUGUAGUAUGAAUGAUAUUGAAAAAGACAAGACUAAUUUGGCAA